AUGAACAAAUUCAUCAUCGAGGCAGAACAAGUCAAUAUCAAAAUGCCUCGUCCUGCCAACCCCAAACCGGGCUUCUCUUUGCUCCGCAUCCACAGCAGCCAAAAGCCACACAACAUCGCGAACCUCUCCACCAAAGCAAAAGCCGAACUGAUCAACUCCAUCGCCCAAGACAUAGAAGGUUGCAUCUGGGCCAUCGGUCAUUAUAGCAAGCUUGGUGUCUUAGACUCCACGCACACGCUCGGAUUUGAUCAAGUCAUCAAUGACAUCCAUAAUGACGAACGCCAUGAGAACAAGGAGGUGCUACAGCGAACACUUCGCAAAUUAGAGCGAUACAAGAAGCGGGCAAAAGCGCAAAAGAAACGAUGCAAAAGACUAGAGGCCAAAUUGCAAAAGGAGAGGGCAAAACACACCGAGGAGGGUUCCAAUGAUUCAGAUACGUCGACCAUCUACUCAGAAAUGGCUUCCAUGCAAACUACUUUUUCGACACGUGAUGGCAAGUCCAACGAGGCAUUUCGGUCAGCAAUCAAUGGGGGUGACGGCACGGGACAAGCACUGCAAGGCACUGCACCGAUUCAGUCUGUGGAGUCUCCCGAUGAACCCAUGACUUCUCCUCCCCCCGCAUUUCCAUCUCCUCCUCGAAGAAGUAUGGAGGUUGAUUAUGAGAAGACUGUACAUUUUCAGCUUCCCUACGAAGAACAGACUUGGCAAAGUAUUCUACCUUGA